CCAUAAACUCACCAUCUUGUUGAGGACCAUUACAAGGGAAAUAUCAACCAUGGCAUACCUGAGAGUUGGAUUUGUUCUUAUGGCCUGUGCUCUAGCUUUGGCCUCCUCAAAAUUAUCAGAAAAUGAAACCUGUAAAGCAACUGGGAAAGAAAGGUGUGAGCCAGGUAUCUUACUUCCAGUCUGGAGGCCCCACAAUCCAUCAACAGGAGACAAAGUCGCUCGUGCUGUCGUUUAUUUUGUAGCCAUGCUUUACCUCUUCCUGGGAGUGUCUAUCAUUGCUGACCGAUUCAUGGCAUCCAUUGAAGUUAUUACCUCUCAAGAGAAGGAGAUUACUCUUACCAAGCCAAAUGGAGAAACCAGUGUGGCCACUGUCCGAAUAUGGAACGAAACAGUUUCUAAUCUAACCCUGAUGGCUCUAGGAUCCUCUGCUCCCGAAAUCCUUCUUUCUGUCAUUGAAGUGUGCGGACAUAACUUCCAGGCUGGAGAACUAGGACCAGGAACCAUUGUGGGUUCUGCUGCCUUUAAUAUGUUUGUCAUAAUCGCCAUUUGUGUCUAUGUCAUCCCCAAUGGCGAAUCAAGAAAGAUCAAGCACCCAAGAGUUUUUUUUGUCACUGCCACUUGGAGCAUCUUCGCCUACAUAUGGUUGUAUCUCAUUCUUGCUGUGAUUUCCCCAAGUCGUGUUCAAGUCUGGGAGGGACUGGUCACCCUCUUAUUUUUCCCAGCCUGUGUACUCUUUGCCUGGGUUGCAGACAAACGACUUCUUUUCUACAAAUAUGUUUACAAGAGAUACAGAGCAGAUAAAAGAAGAGGUAUCAUUAUCGAGACAGAGGGUGAGUUUCCCAAAAGCAUUGAAAUGGAUGGCAAACUGGGUUCUGGUGCAGUGGUGGCACCAGAAAUGAAAGACAACGUAGUCCAAGAUAGUGAAGCUGCUGCUGCUGAAGCCAAGGAACUCGAUGAAAGCCGCAAAGAGGUUAUCCGCAUUCUAAAAGAACUGAAGCAGAAGUACCCAGAGCGCGAGCUGGAUCAGCUGGUUGAAAUGGCCAAUUAUUAUGCCUUGUUGCACCAGCAGAAGAGCAGAGCUUUCUAUCGUAUUCAAGCCACUCGUAUGAUGAUUGGGGCAGGCAACGUGCUGAAGAAACAUGCAGCUGACCACAGCAAAAAGCCAGCUAACCUACAGGAGGUGGCUUCUGAAACUGCAGAAGAAAACACAAGCAAGAUCUUCUUUCAGCCCUGCAACUACCAGUGUCUGGAGAAUUGUGGCUUAGUUACUCUCACUGUUGCCUGCCAAGGAGGAGAUGGCACAAGCACUUUCUAUGUGGACUACAAGACAGAGGACGGUUCAGCUAAUGCUGGCUCAGACUAUGAGUAUAGUGAAGGAACACUGAUUUUUAAACCUGGUGAGACCCAAAAAGAGAUCAAAGUCGGUAUAAUUGAUGAUGAUAUCUUUGAGGAAGAUGAACAUUUCUUUGUACGUCUAAUGAACUUGAGUGUCGGAGAUGCAGAAGGAAUGUUUGAACCAGAGGGGGACGGACGCCCCAAGGCACGUCUGGUCUCACCGCUCAUUGCCACUGUUACCAUUCUGGAUGAUGAUCAUGCUGGAAUUUUUACUUUUGAAGAGAAACUGGUUCGUGUCAGUGAAAGUGUUGGGGUGCUGGAGGUACGAGUGCUGAGGAACUCUGGGGCAAGAGGGACUGUGAUCAUACCAUAUCGGACACUAGAGGGCACAGCUCGGGGAGGAGGCAUUGACUUUGAGGAUGCCUAUGGAGAACUGGAGUUCCAGAAUGACGAAACUGUUAAAACCAUGCAGGUGAAGAUUGUUGACGAUGAGGAAUAUGAGAAACAAGAGAAUUUCUUUGUGGUCUUGGAGCAGCCCCGAUGGAUGAAACGUGGGAUUUCAGCUGCUUUUUUACUUAAAAGAGAACUAUGGGAUAAGAAGCUGACUUCAGAGGAGGAAGAAGCAAAGCGGAUUGCUGAGAUGGGAAAACCAAUUCUGGGUGAACAUUCCAAACUAGAAAUCAUAAUUGAGGAGUCCUAUGAAUUCAAGAGCACAGUGGACAAGCUCAUAAAGAAAACAAACCUGGCCCUGGUGAUUGGUACCCAUUCUUGGAGAGAACAGUUUAUGGAAGCCAUCACUGUCAGCGCAGGUGACGAAGAAGAAGAUGAUGAUGGCAGAGAAGAAAAGCUACCAUCUUGUUUUGAUUACGUCAUGCACUUUCUGACUGUGUUCUGGAAAGUGCUUUUCGCCUUUGUGCCCCCCACAGAAUACUGGAAUGGUUGGGCCUGCUUCUUUGUCUGUAUUAGCAUUGUGGGGAUGCUGACUGCAGUCAUUGGGGACCUGGCCUCACACUUUGGCUGCACCGUUGGACUCAAGGACUCAGUCACCGCCGUGGUGUUUGUUGCACUGGGCACAUCCAUCCCAGACACAUUUGCCAGUAAGGUGGCUGCACAACAGGACCAGUAUGCAGAUGCUUGUAUCGGCAAUGUGACAGGCAGCAAUGCAGUGAAUGUCUUCUUGGGCAUCGGAGUGGCCUGGUCCGUUGCUGCGAUCUACUGGGCCAUCCAAGGCAAAGACUUUGUGGUGGAUGCCGGCACUUUGGCCUUCUCAGUCACACUCUUUACUAUCUUCGCGUUUAUCAGCAUCAGUGUCCUCUUGUACCGCCGCAGGCCCCAUAUAGGCGGUGAGCUAGGGGGGUCUCGUCUCUCCAAGAUCCUCACUUCUCUAUUUUUCAUUAGUCUUUGGCUCCUCUACAUCUUGUUCUCGAGCUUGGAAGCCUACUGCCAUAUCAAGGGCUUCUAAACGUCAAUGACAAUGCAACGAGAGGCUCUCUCGUCCAGAACUCAAACAUUCCAUGGGCUGACACUCACAUAGGUUGUGAGACGUAACAUUAGGGUGAAGUUGAGGGCAAAAAAAUGGGGAUAAUUUAUUUAUUUAUUUUUGUAAUUUUUUUUUCAUCUUAUUCAUCCUCCAUCUCAUGUCAUUUUAGAUAAGUAGCACGAUU